AUAAACAGUAAUUCUUGCUACUUUGAACUUUGUACCUCAAAACAAACUCUGAUUGGUCUAUGUUUGACCAAUCAGCUUUGUUUACAAGAAUCAAUCAGAGGGAUACAAGUGAACCUUGAGAUUUGUCAUUCAUUCUUAAAACAGGACAGCUACAUGCGGUCAUCAUGAACAGAGCAUGGACUUUGUUCAAAUCCCAUCCAUACAUCCCUAAUGUGCUGGGAUACACAACCCUGUUUGCCACAGCGGACCUCAUUCAGCAAACCAUGAUGGGAAAAGCUCAGGACAAAGUGACAGAACAACACAAACCAGAUAGAAUGGGACAAGAUCCAUCUAAGAUGUCCACUGAAGGAGUAACUGUGGCUGGAGAAGCAAAGACAGAUGAUCUGACUUGGUAUAAUACCAAAAUAAGUGACCCAGAAGGCAAUAAAAAAGCCUCGGAAGAAAAUGAAACAUCAGCUCCAGUCCAACAUGUUCCACAGCUUCACGGCAUCGACUGGGCCCAGACCGCUCGGGUGGCACUGGUUGGGUUCUGUUUCCAUGCUAACUUCAAUUACCAUUGGCUACGAGGACUGGAGAGGAUGUUUCCGGGGGGAGGGGCCAAAAGAGUGUCACUCAAAGUGUUUCUAGACCAGCUGUUUGCAGCCCCUAUGACAAUAAGUGCUUUCUACAUUGGGCUGAGCGCAUUGGAGGGUGCAGAGGAUCCCCUUGAAGACUGGAAAAAUAAAUUCUGGACCUCUUAUCAGACUGGAGUGGUGUACUGGUCAGCAAUGCAGGCUGUGAACUUCUCCCUGAUCCCGCCAGUGGCUCGUACGGUUUUUGUUGGAGGAGUCGCUCUUGGCUGGACUGUCUUCUUGUGUCAUUUCAAGCAACAGAAGAGUGACUUCCUGAGCUAGGCUUUAUUCCACAGCUGCUUGAAUAUCUAAAUAUGCAACACACUGCAUAUAUGCAACUUAAGGGAUGCAUUAAAGCUGGCUGAUUUUUUAAACUA